AUGAGUGUGGGCGAUAUAUUCAGGAGAUCAGAUGGACAGCAGCAAUCAGAUGAGGAGGAGGAGAAGCUUUCUGUCCUUUCACUGCUCUCUCACUUGAUUUGUAAAAAAAAAAACGUGGUCAACUACUCGGGCCUGAAGAAGCGUCUGGAGAAGAGUGACCAGACCUGGAUGGUGCAGUUCCUGGAGCUCUCGGGCCUCGACCUGCUGCUGGAGGCCCUGGACCGUCUGUCGGGACGCGGCUGCUCUCGAAUCGCAGACGCUCUGCUGCAGCUGACGUGUGUGAGCUGUGUGAGAGCCGUGAUGAACUCAUCCGCCGGGAUUCACUUCAUCGUGGAUAAUGAGGGAUACGUGCGCAAGCUGUCACAGGCGUUGGACACAUCUAACACCAUGGUGAAGAAGCAGGUGUUUGAGCUGCUGGCGGCCCUCAGCAUGUUCUCCUCUGAGGGACACAGACUCGCUUUAGACGCUCUGGACCAUUACAAGUCUGUGAAGACGCAGCAGUAUCGAUUCAGUGUGAUUAUGAAUGAACUCCAAUCCACUGAUAACGUGCCAUACAUGGUGACUCUUCUGAGCGUCAUAAACGCCCUGAUCUUCAGCGCCGACGACCUGCGCCAGAGAGACAAGAUGCGCAAGGAGUUCAUUGGAUUACAGCUGCUUCACCUGCUGCCGAAGUUAAGAGAAGAGGAUGAUGAAGACUUGAUCAUCCAGUGUGAGGCGUUUGAAGAGGCCAUGGCUGAGGAUGAGGACGAGCUCCAGAGUCUUUACGGAGGAAUCGACAUGAGCAACCAUCAGGAAGUCUUCACGUCUCUGUUUAACAAGGUGAGCAGCUUCCCGUCGUCUCUGCAGCUGUUGUCCGUCUUACAGGCGCUGCUGCUGCUGGGUCCCGAGCGAGCGGAUAUCUGGCAGGCGCUGGAGGCUCUCGCUAACCGGGCCAUUCUGAUCGCUCAGAGCUCUUUCCAACACAGAGCACUCGAUGUUUUGGUGUGUGUUCAUGGACUUUACGUUUAUUUGUGUCCACCAGGAUUACAGCUGCUUCACCUGCUGCCGAAGUUAAGAGAAGAGGAUGAUGAAGACUUGAUCAUCCAGUGUGAGGCGUUUGAAGAGGCCAUGGCUGAGGAUGAGGACGAGCUCCAGAGUCUUUACGGAGGAAUCGACAUGAGCAACCAUCAGGAAGUCUUCACGUCUCUGUUUAACAAGGUGAGCAGCUUCCCGUCGUCUCUGCAGCUGUUGUCCGUCUUACAGGCGCUGCUGCUGCUGGGUCCCGAGCGAGCGGAUAUCUGGCAGGCGCUGGAGGCUCUCGCUAACCGGGCCAUUCUGAUCGCUCAGAGCUCUGAGAUGGACUCGAGUGAGAAGAUCCUGCAGCGUCUCGUCUUCUCUAAGGAAUCGUCCAAAGGCUCUUUUGAGGUCGACGGUUACGAGUCCAGAAAAAAGAAUCAAGCAGUUCAGACGGAGAGCAAAGAUGAGAAACUGGAGAGUUCCUGCAGAUCAGCCAAAAGCCAGGAACCUCCGCGCAACUCCACAAAGACCGGACCUGCUCCUCCUCCUCCUCCUCCUCCUCCUCUGCCCAGCAUGGCUUCUCCUCCUCUCUCAGCAGUGCCUCUCAAAACAGGAGCUGGACCUCCUCCUGCACCUCCUCCACCACCUCCUUUACCAGGAGCAGCGAUGCCUCCUCCUCCUCCUCCUCCUCCUCCUCUUCCAGGAAUGGGUUUUGCAGGUCCUCCACCGCCUCCACCUUUACCUGGCAUGGGUGCACCUCCUCCUCCUCCUCCUCCUCCAGGAGCAGGUGAUGUGAUCGUGACCCGGGCGUUUCAUCCGCUUGGCCAGUGUUACUCCGCGCCGGCGAGGAGCGGCCCGUAUCCCACACUCAGGAUGAAGAAACUCAACUGGCAGAAGCUGAACUCCAGAGCCGUCACCGAUGGUCCUUCGAUGUGGGCGUCUGUCUCGACCGAUUCACCGCUGGAGCCCAAUUACAACAGCAUCGAGCAGCUCUUCUGUCUGCCAGUGACUGAGCCCAAAGACAAGAGCCCAGCCGCGCCGCUCAAGAAAGAGCCCAAGGAGAUUUCCUUCAUUGAACCCAAGAAGAAUCUGAACCUGAAUAUCUUUCUGAAGCAGUUCAAGUGCUCAAAUGAAGAGUUUGUGUCGAUGGUGCAGAAAGGAGAUUGUUCCAAAUUUGACGUUGAGUCCCUGAAACAGCUUCUGAAACUCCUUCCGGAAAAACAUGAGAUUGACAACUUAAAGUCCUUUCAAGGAGAUCCGGACAAGCUGGCCAACGUAGAUCGCUUUUACCUCUUACUGCUGGCUGUACCCUGUUACCAGCUAAGGAUUGAAUGCAUGUUGCUGUGUGAAGAGACGCUGUCUGUGCUCGAUAUCCUGAAGCCCAAGGUGGAGCUGGUGGAGAUGGCCUGUGAGAAUCUCAGGAAAAGUCCACUGCUGCCCAGUUUCUGCAAACUCAUCCUCGACGUUGGAAACUUUCUCAACUAUGGAAGCCACACGGGAAACGCUGAGGGAUUCAAGAUCAGUUCCCUGCUGAAACUCACUGAAACCAAAGCAAACAAGAGCCGCAUCACGCUCUUACAUCACAUCCUGGAGGUAUACGUAAAUCUGGACUCGAUUCGGGCCGAAACCAGUCAUCUUCUGAAGCGACUGAGAGACGCGGAGAAGAAAGUGUCUUCGUCGCUCGAAGACGUCAAGCAGCAGUUCUCAGGGCUUAUUGAGAAGAACCUGACGGAUUGUGCAGCUCUAGACGAGCGUUUCACUAACGUGGACAACAGAAAGGGCGAUCUGGCUCAGUAUCUGUGUGAAGAUGUGGCUCAGCUCUCGCUCGACGAGCUCUUCAGCAACAUCAAGACCUUUCGCCAGCUCUUCCUCAAAGCCCUGAAGGAAAACAAGCUCCGUAAAGAACAAGCGGCCAAAGCCGAGAAAAGAAAGCAGCAGCUGGUGGACGAGGAGUCCAAGAGACAGAAGGGAGAAGACGGGAAGAUAAUCCGUCGAGGCGCGGCUCCGCAGGACGAUGGCUGCAUCAUCGAUCAGCUUCUGGCCGACAUUCGAAAGGGUUUCCAUCUGAGAAAGACUCGUCCCAGGUGCGAAACGGAAAGCCCUCCUAGUGAAAUGCAUAGAGAUAUGGGAGCGUCCGCAGCAAGUGUCAGGUCUGCCGGAGAAGAAGCUGGAUCAGCCCCGGUUUCUACUCCAGGAGAUCCGGCCGAAGGCUGCGGCACCAGUCCCAGUGCUGAAGAGACCUCAGCGGAGAGCCUGAAGGAGCUUCGGUCCCCUGACAUCCAGCCUACAGCCUUCAGUCCAGCACCAAACACUCAGGAGCCAGCCGACACGUCACCCAGCUGCCUCACCACUGCCAACACUGACCAGAAUCACAACGGAAAUAACAUCAGGUGUGCAGACGAUGUCGUGAAGAGAAGAGACGAGCCGCUUCAGUCGCGUAACACUCGCACGCAUGACGAUGCUAACGAGUCGGCGUGUGAUGAUGUCGACGGAGUGAUGUCACAAGCCCCGCCCACUCCCUCUGAAGGCCCCGCCCCCCUGAAACCUGAGAAUAAAAAACAUUUCUUACAAAAAAACAAAAAAGGCAGUAAUGAAGUGGAGGGUAACAGAGGGAAAGGACGCUCUAUAAAGGGCUGUGUGUUGCAGUGAGGAAGCUCUAGGAAAAGGAGAACAAAAGGGAAAAGGAAAAGUUGAGGCGUUCCUGCUGUGAUCCUGUUAUUCCACUGGAUCUCAGUGAACCGGAUGAGAUCUGAAGAGGAGCAACUGAUGGCGUACUUUGAAGAAAUACACAUUGUGCACUGUGUAUUUGAGUCUGGCUUAAAGAAAUGUAUUUUUAAAUGCUAUAUCUUUAGAUUUGACCUAUCUAUUUUAAAUAUUUGCACACUGUAAGAUACAUUUAUGACGCACCAAAACUUUGUUUACAUAAGAGAGUGACUAAUACAGGAGAGAAAAAAUGGCUAAUCAUGAAUUUUUGCUGUUUCUCGAAACCUUUAAACAGUCUGUUUCUGAAACCUUUAAGAUAAGUUGCUGUUAACUAUUAAUAUUGCUCUGAAUGUAAACUUUAUAUGUUAUGACGAUGUUUGGCAUUAACCGUGAGAAGUAUUAGUUCAUUGUGAUACCAGUUCUAAAAUAUUGGUGUAAUAAAAAUGAUUGGAUUAUAUUUUGCGGUUGCAGUGGUUGAGUUGGACGGUUUCGUUAUAUUGAUGUCGCUAUGUAUAUUCAUUAAGAAAAUCUUUAAAUUAUAUAUAAAUAAAAAUGUGCAGUCCGUGUCGAGGUUUGUUC